UUUUUCUAUGAAUUUCUUCUUGGAAAUGAUCGUCAAGUUGCUUAUGAAAUUAAGGAUGAAUAUGUUGAUACUACCAGCAAAAUGUUUUUUACAUAUUUUAAGGCUUAUGUAACUAGGCUUUUUAAAUUACUGAUGUCAGAUAAAGCAACAAAAUUUGAUUUACUCGGUUCUGACAACACAUGUUUUAAACAACCUACAACACUUUCUAAUUUGCCAAACAUUUUUACAUCUUCAAAUAAAACACACCAACAACAUCAACAACAUAAAGGACAAGCAACAGUGUUUUCUUUAGGAAAUCGUCAAAAUGCACUUUUGGAUGAUAUUUUAGCUCCUUUAAUUGUUCCUAAUGUUGCACAGGAAAAUAAUGAAACAUUCCAAUUUGAAUCACUCUUUCGAAGCGUUCAAUAUGCUAUUGUUGAUCAUUGUAGUAGAGAAUAUCUCUUCCUUUGUGAUUUUUUUCUUGUAACAGAUCAAUCGGCAGUAGAUUUGUUUACUCAUGUUAUGGGACGUUCUAUUACACUUUUACUGAAAACUUUAGAAGAACGUAUAAAUUUAAAUUAUGAUGCAAUAUCUUUAUUUAUUUGUAUUUGUUUUUGUACAAAAUAUCGUCAAUUAAUGGUUUCACGUGGAGUUUUGGCUAUUGAAACAUAUUGGGAAAAUGUUGAAAAAAUGUUGUGGGAUAGAUUUGAAGUUGUAAUGAAAUCACAUAAUGAAAGUAUUAGACAAUUAGAUGUUAGAAAAAUGACUGUGGAUACGAGGCCUCAUUAUGUAAUUAGAAGAUAUGCAGAAUUAACAAGUUCUUUGUUGGUUUGUAGUGAUUUGGCUUAUAAAAAAAUUAAUAGUCAAUUAAUUGCAAUUUUAUCUAGACAACAAGCAGAAAUUGAAGGUUUAUUAAAUCGUUUAGCUACACAAUUAAAGACAAAAAAGGAGAGGCUAGUAUUUCAAAUAAAUAAUUAUGAUGUGAUACUAACUGUUUUGAAUGUGAGUUUAAUUAAAAAAAAUUUUUUUUCAUUUUUUGGGGGAUUUUUACGGUGUGAUAAAUUUUGCUAA